AUGGCUGGACCUCAUGCUAAGGCAUACAUGGGCUGGUGGGGCCACAUCGGCUCCCCAAAGCAGAAGUACGUUAACAUGUACACUGUUUCUCCUUACGCUACCAGACCUUUGAAGGGUGCUUUGCACAACUCCGUCUUCAACGUCUUUAGAAGAUUCAAGAACCAGGUUCUCUUCGUCGUCAUCCCAGGUGCCAUUGUUUGGACCAUCAACGCUAAGGCCACCGAGUACAACGAGUUCUUGUACACCAAGGCUGGCAGAGAGGAGUUGGAGAGAGUCAACAAAGCUUGCAUUUUACAGUAG